AAAAUGUCUUCAUUUGAGAAAUUAAAACUCCUUAUAUGGAAAAAUUUUCUCCUUCAAAGAAGACAUAAAUGGCAAACAGCUUUCGAGAUAUCGUCCCCUGUGAUAUUUUCUCUAUUUUUAAUAUUAAUAAGAUGUCUUGUCGAUCCUCAAUCUAAACCAGAUGUAUCAUACCCACCAUUUCUUCCAACAUACUUUAACAUGAGUGAAAAACAAUUAGGAAAUUUAACAACAGCAAGAAGAGAAGGAACAUUAGCAUUUUCACCAGAUAAUGCUCUUACUAGAAAAAUUACAGAGAAUGCAAUGGCUACAGUGGCUUUAGACAAUUUAAAUGGUCUUCUUGUAUUAUUAUUUGAUACAGCUAUGCUCCCAGAACCUAAGGGAUUUAAGGAUUCUCUUGAUUUGGAGAAAGCACUAACUCAACCCAAUGCCAUGAAUAAAAUUCUAGUAGGAAUUCAAUUUGAUGAUAACAUGGCUAAUGCUACUGAAUGGCCUGAUGAUAUAAAUGUUACAUUGAGGUUUCCAGCAGUGAUGAGAACUCCUAUGGUUGACCAUCCACUGAGAGCAAGUUGGAGGACUAAUUUGCUAUUUCCUUUAUUCCCUCUGCCAGGCCCAAGAGACCCAAAUGAUGCAUAUGGUGGCAAAACUCCAGGCUAUUCGCCAGAAAUGUUUCUCGCGGUCCAACAUGCUGUAUCCCAGGAGAUAAUAAAACAAAAAUCUGGAAAAUCUGUUAAUACCAAGGUUUAUUUACAAAGAUUUCCACAAAUGGCUUAUAGGGAGGAUAACCUACUGAUUGCUAUGGAAAGAUUCAUUUCAAUGAUCAUAAUGCUUUGUUUUGCAUAUACGUUCGUAAAUACAGUCAGAGUUGUAACGGCAGAAAAGGAAUUGCAGCUGAAGGAAACAAUGACGAUAAUGGGUUUACCAUCAUGGCUGCAUUGGCUCGCCUGGUUUAUAAAACAGUUUUCAUUUCUAUUGAUAUCCGUUGUAUUAAUGGUUAUUUUGUUCAAGAUACCUUUCAAUGCAACCGCGGAUGGUGAGAAAUAUUCAGUCUUUACAUAUACACCAUGGACAGUUCUGUUGUUCUUUAUGCUUCUCUUUGUUAUGGCGUCGUUGGCGUUUUCUUUCAUGGUGAGCGUAUUCUUUACGAGAGCAAACACCGCGGCAUCGUUUAUGGGUCUGAUGUGGUUUUCAACAUAUUCCGCCUAUUUUUUAACUCAAAUGCUUUAUGAGGAUGUCGCCUUGCACACAAAAUUUCUCCUAAGUCUUAUAUCUAAUGCUGCUAUGGGAUUUGUAUUGCAAAUGCUCAUUAUUUGCGAGGGAACGAACCAAGGUCUACAAUGGGAUGAAUUAUUUUCGCCAGUGUCGUAUCAUGAUGAUUUCCACCCAGGUCACGUUGUGAUUAUGCUUAUUUUAGACACUCUAAUUUAUAUGUCAAUAGCCAUGUAUGUUGAAAAAAUUCGGCCCGGCACAUAUGGCGUUCCGUUGCCGUGGUACUUCCCGUUCACAAAGAGUUUUUGGUUACCAAAUAAAACUAAAGUUGCUGCGGUUACGUUAAAUGACGGUGUUGAUCAAGAGUACAAAAACGCACUAUUAAAAGUCGUUCACGACGAGGAGCCGAAAGGAGUUCCAAUGGGUAUUAAUAUCGAGAAUCUCACUAAAGUAUACAAAGGUCGUAAAAAAGCAGUAGAUAAUUUAAACCUUAGGAUGUAUGAAAAUGAAAUAACAGUAUUACUAGGUCAUAACGGAGCUGGGAAAACCACAACUAUAUCAAUGUUAACAGGAAUGGUCCCACCCACAUCAGGAUCUGCUACAAUAAACGGGUAUAAUAUAGUUACUGAAACGGAAUCAGCCCGAAAGUCUCUGGGCCUUUGCCCCCAGCACAACGUCUUGUUCCCAGACCUUACGGUCGCAGAGCAUAUUAUAUUCUACUCGAGGUUAAAAGGCGUCCACAAGUCGAAGAUAAAUGAUGAAGUCGAACAUUUUGUUAAAUUACUGGAACUGCAAGAAAAGCGAGACGUUCAAUCAAUGCACUUAUCGGGUGGUCAAAAAAGGAGGUUAUCGGUCGGUGCUGCGAUGUGCGGCUCAUCUAGAGUAGUCUUAUUAGAUGAACCCACUUCGGGUCUAGAUCCAGCUGCUAGACGAUCCCUGUGGGACCUAUUACAAAAGGAAAAGAAAGGUCGCACUAUGAUCCUUACAACACAUUUUAUGGACGAAGCAGAUAUUCUCGGAGACCGUAUAGCUAUCAUGUCUGGGGGUAAACUACAAUGUGUAGGAACGCCUUAUUUCCUAAAGAAGCAUUAUGGAAUCGGAUACAAACUUACUAUAGUGAAGGAGGACAAUUGUAACGUGGAAGAAGUUACGAAAUUCUUUAAGACCUACGUACCUGAUAUUAGAGAGAAUACAAAUAUAGGAUCUGAAUUAACAUACAUAUUACCAAAUGAACACGUCAGUAAAUUUCCUAAUAUGUUGAAGAAAUUCGAAGAGGAAAGAGCCGCGUUGAAAGUGUCAAGCUAUGGACUUUCGGUUACUAGUCUAGAGGAAGUGUUUAUGAAAGCUGGAGCUGAGGACCAUGACGAGUUGCCAGUUCAGAAAAAUAAUUAUACGAACAACCAUAAUAAUGUCGCCGUUGUGCCCGUUGAGAAUCAUCGUAACCACUUUGCUGAUAACGAGCCAAUACCGAAAGUAAGAGGAAUUAAAUUACUCCGCAACCAUAUAAAAGCGAUGUUCUUGAAGCUAGCCUACAGUUCCAUGAGAAAUAAAUUAUCAGCGUUCAUACAGAUUGUAACACCUAUAAUAAACAUAACUAUAUCAGUCAUAAUAGCAAGAUCGUGGAAAUUCAUGUCGCAACUUCCACCUCUGGAGCUGAGUUUGACCAGUGGCUUUAGAAAUACGGAAACGUUGAUGUCUCAAGUGGUAAAUUUGACAGAAACCAGUCUAGAACGAAAAGCAAUGAUGGCGUAUAAGGAAUAUUUCAAAUCGUCUUUAGAUCCUAAUAUGAUUUUAAAUGAUAUCGGUACUAUGGACAUGGGAAAGUUCUACUUAAAAUUGAGUGCAACGAAUCCCCCUCGCGUGCGAUACGAGAACUUGAUAGGCGCGACUUUCGCGCCUCAUCGCAUCACGGCCUGGUUCAGUAACUACGGGUACCACGACUCGGCGAUAUCCCUCGCGCUCGCUAACAAUGCGAUUAUGUCCGCACUGUCGCCUGGAACUUCUUUGCGGGUCACUAACCAUCCGCUGCCUUAUUCUAUUGAGAAUCUGGUACGAAUCAUGGCCACCGGGAGCAGCUUUGGAUUUCAAUUUGCGUUCAAUAUAGGGUUCUGUAUGGCUUUCGUUACUGCGUUUUUGGUGCUGUUUGUCAUUAAGGAACGUGUGAGCGGCGCCAAAUUACUACAGCGAAUAUCUGGAGUGCGACCGGCUGUACUGUGGACUUGCUCUUUCAUAUGGGAUUGGCUGUGGAUGCUGUGUGUUUACCUCACUAUAGUGUUUACACUGGCUUGCUUUCAAGAGACUACGCUUUCCACUCCUCAAGAAUUGGGCAGAGUUCUUCUUGUGCUAGUGAUAUUCUCUAUACCGACAAUACCAUUGCAUUAUUUGGCUUCGUUCUACUUCGACGCAUCUGCAACGGGCUUCUCAAAAAUGUGUUUCUUGAACAUUUUUAGUGGUUGUAUGCCAUUUUUGAUUACGGAGGUCUUGCGAUUACCAGAAGUUGGGAGUCCAUAUUAUGCCAGUAUAUUUGAUUGGGUGUUUUCGCCGUUACCUAUCUAUUGUAUGAGCAGAAGUUUCAGAGACAUGAGCGUGUCAUCGUUUUCGAUGCUCGCGUGCGACGGCCUCUGCGAAUACAUGAACGUUGAGAACUGCACGCGGCACACCGUGUGCAAGAAGCUUAACAUGUCCGUUUGUUGUAUUGAGGAUGAUCCUUUCUUGAAAUGGAGCGAGCCAGGCAUCGGCAGGUAUUUGUUCAUGAUGACACUUGUUGGCAUCAUCGCGUUUGCCGUUCUUCUUAUAAAGGAGUAUGAGGUUAUCAACAAGGUGUUCUACUCCGAAACUCCACACAGACCAGUGCCAGUGAGUGCGGACGAGGACAGCGACGUGGCAGCCGAGAGACAGAACGUGCAGGCGCUCACGCGACCGGAGCUGUCGCAACAUAGCCUCGUCUGUAAGAAUCUCACCAAGUACUAUAAGGACUUCCUCGCUGUUAAUAGACUAACGUUUGCGGUGCGCAAGGGCGAAUGCUUCGGGCUGCUGGGCAUCAACGGCGCGGGCAAGACGAGCACGUUCCGCAUGGCGACCGGCGACGCGCGCCUCAGCGCCGGCGACGUGUUCGUGCACGGCCUCUCCGUCAAGACGCACAUACGCGACGUGCACGCGCACAUGGGUUACUGUCCUCAAUUCGACGCACUGCUCGACAAUUUAACGGCACGCGAGACUCUAAAGAUUUUCUGUCUCCUGCGGGGAAUACCUGUCAGAAUUGGUUCGGAGUGGGGUGUUCAGCUGGCUGAACAACUUGGAUUCUUGAAACAUUAUGAUAAAAAGGUAUAUGAAUGCAGCGGUGGGACAAAAAGAAAAAUAAGUACAGCUUUAGCUCUAUUGGGAGACGCGCCACUAGUUUUUCUUGACGAGCCUACAACAGGAAUGGACCCAGCAUCGAAGCGUCGCGUGUGGCGAUGCAUCAGCGACGCAGUGCUGGCGGGCCGCAGCGUGGUGCUGACGUCGCACAGCAUGGAGGAGUGCGAGGCGCUGUGCUCGCGGCUCACGGUCAUGGUCAACGGCCGGCUGUACUGCUUGGGGCCGCUGCAGCAUCUGAAGAAUAAGUUCUCACAAGGAUACACACUUAUAGUCAAAUGCAAAGAAGGCCCAGAAAGGGAUGAACAAGCGGCCACAAUAAAAGAAUACAUCUUAGAAACAUUCAAAGAGGCUAAACACAUAGAGACGUACCUAGGCAUCAGUACGUUCUAUAUAAACGACUCGGAGCUGGUAUGGUGGCAGAUAUUCGACGCAAUGGAGUCAGCUCGAGCCCGUUUUCCAAUGGAAGACUAUUCAGUAUCGCAAACAACGCUCGAACAGGUGUUUUUGAGAUUCACACGCCUCCAUGGGAAUAAGGACGCGUAACUCUAGUACAAUUUAGUUAAUUUUACUCAGUGUAUACUUUCUGAAGUAAUAGGUAUAGAUAUUGAAUACCACAAUAGGUACAAUUGACCGAAAAUAAAUAAGAUUUUGUUUAAAGAAUAACCUCGAUGUUCAAACAGUUGAGAAGUCUUUAGAAUGUAUGGAAUAUGGAUGUUUAUCUAUUUGAUUGUAUUUUAGCGCGCGAAUUAAUACUUGAUUGCAAUUCGUUAAUAAGCUUCAUCAACAUAUUUUUUUUCUCUCUAUAGUGAAUAGUUCUAUCGCGUAUAAAAACCAGUGAUGUGUUAAAAAUGUUUUUUUGUUAUACUAAAAAGUUCUAAAAUUCUGACCCACCGAAGCGCGUGAAAGUGACUGCUUCAGUAUGGGACUUAAUAGCGUUUGAUUGUUCAGACGUUGUUGUCUCACAACAACACUAGUACAAUUAUAUUUUUUUGUCACUAGUUUUUUUGAUAAUAACGCAAAUUAUUUAUUUAUAACCUCGUAUUUUUGCAAAAUGCCCGUUCGUUUUUUACAGGAAAUCUGAUCAGUUUCAAAAACUGAUGUAUUUAUUUACCUAUAAUUGAGAUCACAAUAAGUGACGUUUCAUAAUUGCGCUAGCAGCAAAAAUGAGUAUAUUAAUUUAUUAUGUAUGUGCUUUUUCUACCUUGCAUAACAGACUGUCUUAACGAAUUCAUAUUUCAUAGGUUUUAAGAAAUAUGCACUUACAUGUUUUAAUACGAGUAUUAUACACAACAUAUACCUACUUAAUAUAAUUUACGAAAUUGCCUAUGAAUGUACUUACAUGUUUUCACCCCUAUUUUAUGUUGAUAUCUUAUUGCGAUAUUUAAUCCGGUUCCGGUUAGUCAUAUUAUUCAACAAUUUUUUGUACCCAGUGGUGUAAUUAUUCAAUGAGACAACUCGAACAGAUUAAUUUAAGGUGAUUUUUUAGUUACUAAAUAUUAACCGUACUUAAUAAAUAUAAUAGUAUUAGCAGGUCGUUUGUGUCUAUCCUAUAGAUAUAUAUCUCGUAAGCUUGUGUAUGUAUUAUAUAAAUAAUAUCACGUACAAACUUUCUUAUUUACUCUGUCUAGAGCUUAUCGGUUUUUAUAGAAAUGAAACAAGACCGUAAAUCGUAAUCAAACCAUACGGCCUGCUAUACUUAUCUAGGUAUUAGUAAAUUUUGCAGUAUUUUAUAUACGUGUUGUAUGUUUAGGUAUGUAUUCGGAUAAAUGUUUAAGAAAAUUUUCACUGUGUCGUAUAAUAUGUAUUUAUAAAAACUAUUUAUACAGAUUAUCAAUACUUAACAUGAUUAAUAUAGAACAUAUUAUACUCCUGUAAUAGAAAUAUACCAAUGCUGUAUUAUAAUGAGUUACAAAAAGGGUACUUCAUAACUGCCAUCCAAUGUAGAUUGUUUAUUUUCAGUGGCACCUAACUAAUUUUAUCUAGUUUCUAUUUGACCUGAAUUAAAAAAAUGAAAUCUUCGUUCUAAGAAAGUUCUAAGUAAUGAGAAUUUUUAAUGCAAUCACGAGUCAGUACUUACAGUUCUCAAACCACAAAAACUUUUAGAUAAAGUAUUUUAGCGAAAUGCCGGAUAUAUUUUUUUAUUUGAGCUUUUAAAAACUGAAUGUAAAUAUAUAUUUUAAUUAAUUUUACAAAUACUCGACUAAAGAAUUUUUUCGAACCGUAUACCUAGUUCAGAGAUGGUUUACCAACUAUCUAAGGCUGAAAGUGUUGUGAAACAACAUUACUAAAUUAAGUCGCACGAAAGCAUAUUCCCUUUACAUGACAUACACUCUUAUCCCGAGACUGUUGUAUUGAACUCGCAUUUUUUCUUUUUACCAUACAAAUAAGUUAAAAUAAACACGUAGGCUUAAUACGUAAAUGCACUAAAUCACGUUUAAUUAUAAUUAAUUACAUUUGUGUUUUAUAACACAGUUUGUGUUAAAACAAUCAUGAUGUAUGCUCUAGCUUUGCUAGUUCUUUAAGUAGUUUUGUAAUUAAUUGCAGUAUUUAAUACUUAUUUUAUGUGGUGCUUGAAAACUUUAUUGUUUAAAUGUAAACGAUCAAUUAUUAAGAUUAGCAGUUCUUUACUUAAGAAUAGCAUGAUGGGCGGAGGUAUUUAUUUAGGUUAAAAUCGAAAACGUAUGAAUGAAAAACUUAUGUCGUUAUUCAAUUUCAAUUAUAAUAUUUAUAUUUCAAGUAAAGUAAGGAUAAUAAAAAAAUGUUACCUGAUUAAAAAUCAAUUUGGUUCAUCGUAAAAGCGUCAUGCCUAAUGUAUAAUUGCAUGAUGCUAGCUAUUAUUACCCAUAUUAUACAAUUUACUUUAGUUCAUAAUUUAAUAAUUGCCAUUUAUGAAAUGAUAUAUAAAUUAUAGGAUAAAAAGUACAAUUUAUUUAUUUGCCGAGGAUGAGGUUCAACAAAAAAAAAAUGUUUUGUGAUAUAUUAUUGUGAUUCAAUGUUUAACACCAAAACUUGUACAUUUUAUUAUUUAUUUAUUCCUAAGGACUGUUCCUGUCCUUUGCUAAUGUCUCGAAGCUACAUCAUAAUUCAAAACAUAUGCGGGCUGUGUUCACUGUUCAUUUCUUACAUAUAAUAGCUACUUUUUGUUCUUGCCGUUUAAUUAUUGGAUAUGGUCAAAUAUGCAAUGGUUUGUCGUCAUAAUUGAGUAAUAUUCUACUUUUAAAUUAUUACAUACAAUAUUUAUGGAUGUUUAUAGAAUGUACUCGAAGGAUUUUUUUCAACGUUUAUACAGAUGUAUAGAAAUUAAAAAGUUGUUUUUAUUAAUUUACUUUGCUUUAUGUUAAAACACUUAAUUAUAUUACAAAUAAUUUUCAACUAUCUUGUAAGAAAAGUGUUCGUUUGCAUUGAAUGUAGGUUUAUGGAUUUUUGAAAUAAAAGCUUUCGGAAUA